AUGCUAUGUGUAACAAAUUUUUGUCAAAAUAAUGGCAAAUGCUUUAUCAAUGAUACAACGACAAUAUCAUACUGUUUAUGUAAUCGAUGUUUUACAGGUAAUCAAUGUGAAAUUGAACGAUAUUCAAAAAAUCUUUGGAUGUAUGGUAUAUCAAAAGAAAAUAAAAUAUAUUAUAAUCCACGCAAUGAACAAAUUAUACUUAGUACAAUUAGUAUAAUAUCAUUCGUAAGCAAUCUAUUAUCAUUACAAACCUUUUUAUUUUCUAAAAAAAUACGUAUAACAAAUCUGGGUAUAUAUUUAAUCUUAUUUUCAUUAACUGGUUUGAUUAACAGUAUCAUACAAAGUGUGUUUGCAUUUCUGAAUGUAGCUUAUGGUUCUAAAAAAGCAUCAGAAUUCAAUCGAUUGAUACAGUGUGCCUUUAUACGUUUACUUGUAUAUUCAUUCAAUUUCUGUCUCUAUUGGUUUUGUUUAUGCAUUGCAGUUGAACGUAUUCUUAUUGAAUAUGCACUUGUUAGUCUCUAUGAUUCAAGACGACGAUCAUUGAUUUCUUCUAUAUUACUCUAUAUAUUAAUACCAUUAUCAAAUCUACUACCAAUUUUAUUUGGUCGAAAAGACUAUAGUUAUAAUUCAUAUGAUUUCUGUCUACUAAACUUUACACCAGUUGGUUAUACAUUCUAUUCGAUAUUCUACUAUAUUAAUUAUAUAGCUGCACCACUUUCAUUUACAAUUGCAUGUAUAUUUAUCUUUAAACAUCUCAUUGAACAUCGUCUCAACUUAGUCAACGACGAAUCAUUUCGUUCGUCACUUAUUUUAAUUCUAUCGAAACAUUAUGAUUUUUUUCUACCACCACUAGUCUUCUGUCUGUUGACUAGUCCCUAUUUUAUAUUUGAUAAAUUCAUGAAUUGUUUACGAGCAGAUUCUAUAACAGUAUCACGUAUAGAGAGUGUAAUACAACUAUUAGACAACAGUGCAUUAGCAUUAGCAUUUCUCAUCUAUGUUUAUUUAUCAAAAAUAUAUCUUAAGGAAUUUUGGCAGACAUCACCUUUUGGACGAUUCGUAAUUUAUGUUAAAGAACGAUUUACAAAUGUUCGUAAGCAUCAAAUGAUUGUUGUUGGCACGAAUCAGCGGCUGGAAGUAUCUGUUAUAAAUACUAAAUAG